AAACCACAAUACGACUCAUCUGCCCUCGUUCCUCUCGGCCGCCAUGGAAGCAGCGAGCAAGGACCAGAUUGGGAGAGGAGGCGGCACCGGAGACGCCGAUGGAGGCGACGGGGCGAAGAGGAAGGAGGACGCGCUCGCAUCUAGCAGGCUCCUCGACCCGGAUUUCAAGCCUUCCAAGCUGUCACAAGAUCGGCUCGACAAGUUCAAGGAAUUACACAAGAAACGGUUGCAAAUAAAGGAAAAACCAAAAUGCAAAGGGAAAUCUAGAGGAAGCACAAAGAAGAAUACCAAGGUGACCAGUGAUUGUAGUAUCGUGGAUAAGGAUGAAUCUAUCGGCAAUGUUGCUAUAGAUGUACAGCAUACAGCAUCAGCUGCUGGAACCCAAGUGGAUCUUGCAUCAUCAUUUCCCUCAAGGAACAAAAGGAAGUUACAUUGGGGGCUUGAUGUUAAAGAAAGGUGGGAGAGGAAAGCAAACAUGUGAGUUACUGAAGAUCCCUUGUGUUCUAACAGCAAAAUCAUCCCUCCAUGCCAAUGUUCUUGUCAUGGAGCAGAAUAGUUCAGCAAAAAUUCCAAGAAACGUGCAGCAGGUUGUCUGAUUUUUCAGUGUUGUUUCCUGCAGAUGCUGUGAAUAGGUCUUAUUGUACUGUAGAUACUUGAGGCCCACGUAGGGUCUAAUCUAGAUAAUUUGAUACUCGCAUCUGCACAGCCAAAGCCCUGGGAAACUAUUGGCUGGGGCUCUUCUUUUUUGCAAUCAUGUCUAUCUCAACUCCCAAACGUUGUCUAAAUCAGAAUGAUGAUGUCAAUACAGCUUCUGACGUGUUACUGCUUC